AUGGCAUCGCAAACCAUCUACCCUAACAGCCAUGUCGGUUUCGACAGCAUUACCUCUCAGAUCGAGCGCAAGCUCUUGAAGAGAGGUUUCCAGUUCAAUGUCAUUUGCGUUGGUCAAACUGGCUUGGGAAAGUCGACUCUGAUCAAUACCAUCUUUGCAUCCCACCUUAUCGACUCAAAAGGUAGAAUGGUACCUGAUGAGCAGAUUCGCUCCACCACCGAGAUCCACCCCGUAUCGCACGUUAUCGAGGAGAAUGGUGUCCGCCUAAAGCUCAACAUUGUUGACACACCGGGCUAUGGUGACCUGGUCAACAACGACCGCUGCUGGGACCCCAUCGUCAAGUACAUCAAGGAUCAGCACUCCGCGUACCUGCGAAAGGAGCUCACAGCACAGCGAGAGCGUUACAUUCCGGAUACCCGUAUUCACUGCUGCUUGUUCUUCAUUCAGCCCUCGGGACAUUCUCUAAAGCCAAUCGAUAUCGUAGUAUUGAAGAAGCUUUCUGAUGUUGUUAACGUUGUGCCGGUUAUCGCCAAGGCAGACACUCUGACUCUAGAAGAGAGACAAGAGUUCAAAGAGCGAAUCAAGGAGGAGUUUGCUUUCCACAACCUCAAGAUGUACCCUUACGACAACGAUGAGCUUGAUGAGGAGGAGCGCUCGAUUAACACUCAGAUCAAGAGCCUUAUUCCCUUUGCUGUUGUCGGUUCCGAGAAGUCGAUCAUUGUCAACGGCAAGCAAGUUCGUGGACGUCAAAACCGAUGGGGUGUAAUCAAUGUUGAAGAUGAGAACCACUGCGAAUUCGUCUACCUGAGGAACUUCCUACUCCGAACUCAUCUACAGGAUCUCAUCGAGACUACUUCGCAGAUUCACUACGAGACCUUCCGUGCCAAGCAAUUGUUGGCGCUCAAGGAGAGCAGCGCACAAGGCCACGGCAGCAGACCGAUCAGCCCUGCCGCAGAUCGCGAAAUGAGCAGGAGCUCUCAACGGAUGACUAUGAACGGUUACUAA